GUUCAGACCGCUUUCCGAAUUCUCCCUUGGUCGUGUCAUGGCCCCAUCGUCGCGACCAGGAAUGCCAUUGUCGGAGAAUGGAGUCUUUGGUUAGAGGCACAGUCUGGUUGCAUCAACUCUACCCAAAGAGGGCAAGGAUCCAGGCUCUCCCAGUUGUCGGCGGACCAAGAAAUCGUUCUGCGAGCCUCGAUCCUCCUAUGUCAUCGAUCGAGGUCUCACCAAUGCUUCCACCGCUGCGACAAUUAUGAUCCAGCAUUCAGGCACGUUCAUGGAUGGCAACAAGGUCACCGAUAUGCCACCUCUCGACUUGGUGUGUGUCGGGUUUGACAUCACCGGCAUCGCCAACGCGGUCGCUUUGAACGAACGAAAUGGGCUCAGCAAGGAUACAAUGUUCCUGGAACCGCAAUUGGAAGCCUUCUGGAAGCCACUCCGGUGUACACCUGCCUCCAGACUGAGGACCUCAUUUCUCAAUGACUUGAUCACCUCGGAGAAUCCGCGUUCUCACUACACCUUCCUCAAUUACCUCCAUGCGACCAAUAGGCUCAUCUUAUAUGCCAACAGCGCUCAGCUUUGCCCGUCUAGGGAGAUGUUCAGCGAUUAUCUGAGGUGGUGUGCUGGCCGCCUUCAGGCGCAAGUCCAUUACGGCAAGGUAGCCACCAACGUGCGACCAUUGAGAGACGGGAACGGGCACGUCGCUGCUUGGGAAGUGGUCUUUGUGGAUGCCGUGACGGGGGAAAAGAAAGCUGUCAUAGCCAAGCAGGUCGUCUAUGCCGCAUCGCAUCAUCCCCAUGUCCCAAAAGCACUCCGCUCUCCUGCUCUUCAAACUCUCGUCCUGCACUCCUCAGAGUAUCUCGAAGCCCUUCCGACACUAUUGCGUGACAACCCGAGAGCGCGCAUCGCAGUUCUAGGAAAUGGCCAGAACGCAGCGGAGGCAUUUGAUCAACUUCAUGGGAUACGGGGAGAGCACGAAGUCAUUUGGUUUACCAAAGAGGCGGUCCUUCGAGGAGAUGACGAGACACCAUUCCUAUUGGAAAGCAUCAUGCAUCCAAAAUCAUCAAAGCAACAGACCAUGCCACCCGAGAUCAGGAGAAGAGAAGUCAAUGCAGCCUCGUCCUUGACCUCUAGUUCGUCAAUUGAACCGCGCCUCCUGAGACGGAUAUACGAUGCCCAGUACGAUUUCAGCGUCAAAGAGCCGGACCCCAAGAAGUGGAGAUUCCAAAUCAGACCCCAACAUGAAGCUGUGCAUGCGGAGAGAACUGCCGACGGACGCGUGCGACUCUUCGUGCAAAGUCCCGGCAGUCCAAACGACCCAGGAACAUUCGACGCCGUCAUUUCCGCGACCGGCUUUGAGCAACACGCCCAUUAUAGAGCUCUUGAGCCUUUACAGGCGCUGCUCGACGGCCCCAGUGUCGCGGUAGAUCGCGAAUACCACAUCAACUUCAGAAAGGGCGUUCUCGCGCCCGGGUGCGGGAUCUGGCUUCAGGGAUCGCUUGCCGACGACGGAGACCAAAAUGACGACAGCCUUCUCCAAAUUCUCGCAGAAAGAAGUAGACGUCUGGCAGAGUCGGUCCUGCGUCGGAGAGCCGAGCAGACCACUUCGGAGGAGGAGAGGUCGGCGCGGCUGUAACAUUGGCCGCCUUUGGGAUCGCGCGACGUGGAUCAGGGCCUGGAACUGGGAUAUAUAUAGAGAGAGGGAGAGAGAGAAAAAAAAAAAGCUAACUCUUUUAGUCUGUACAUAGAGUAUGCAUUGUGAUUCUGGGGAAACCUUCUCACCGCCGACGCCUGGUUCCUACAACUUCGGUCUCCCUUU